AUGUCGACUAAGGACGACCCUAGAGACGCUGCUCUUGCUACAAAAUUCACUCUGCCUCCGACAUGGUAUAGAGAAAGUGAGGGUCUUGGAACGUCUGGCAUGUUCCUCUCUGGCUUAAUCAUGGUGACGCGGAACAGGUACCUUGCCUGGCCUUCAGUUCUGUUCGGCCUGAACCAGUACUUCAACCAACAUCCCAUGCGCGCCAAGGAGGGAACUGGUGGUCUGUCCAAUCUUCUUCUAUGUAUCAGCGCCUUGGUUGCUUCCUACAUGCCCCUCUUUGUCAUCAACACACCC